UAAUAACCCAAAAUUUCCAAAUUUCUAUCAGCCUUCGUGGCGCAUUUGCUGGAUCGCUCACUACUUUCUGUUUUCAGAUCGCUUGCAUUUCCACCAUCAUGCCCACUGUUCAUCUCCUCGACUAUGUCGCCGGAAAUGUCCGCUCCUUGGUAAAUGCAAUCAAUAAGGUUGGAUAUCAAGUGGAAUGGAUAAAAUCACCAAAUGAUGUCAAGGAGGCAGAGGUAUUGAUACUACCCGGAGUUGGUCAUUUUGGUCAUUGCCUCUCUAAACUCUCCGAGGGGGGUUAUCUCGAUCCAAUAAUGCAACAUAUAGAGUCGGGAAAGCCGUUCAUGGGAAUUUGCGUUGGCUUACAAGCGCUUUUCAGUGGCUCUGAGGAGGAUCCGAAUGUUCCUGGACUGGGCCUGAUCCCCAUACGGAUGCGGAAAUUUAAUGACGAUACGAAGAGUGUGCCGCACAUAGGAUGGAAUUCCGCCACGAUAACUUGCUCUGGUGAAUCGGUGUACAAAAGCUUUUAUGGAUUAAAGCCAAAUAGCAAGUAUUAUUAUGUUCAUUCCUUUGCGGCUCCAUACACUCCAGAUAUUUUAGAAAAAGAAGGCUGGUCAGUCGCCACGGCGACCUACGGUGACGAGAAAUUUAUCGGGGCAAUAACGCGGGGAAACAUUUUUGCUACGCAAUUCCACCCAGAAAAGAGUGGACAGGCUGGCCUGCGUGCCAUUCGCGCCUUUCUGGAUGGAGAACAGUUCAAAUUGCUUCCACAGCCUUCACAUCCGACAGAAAAAGGGGACGGAUUGACUUGCAGAGUCAUCGCAUGUCUUGACGUUCGGACAAAUGAUGAUGGCGAUCUUGUUGUCACGAAAGGUGAUCAAUAUGAUGUCCGGGAGAAAAGUGGAGUGAAGGCUGGGGGUCAAGUAAGGAAUCUAGGAAAGCCAGUUGACAUGGCCAAAAAAUAUUACGAGCAGGGUGCCGAUGAAGUUACGUUUUUGAACAUCACUUCCUUUAGAAAUUGUCCGCUUGCGGAUACUCCUAUGCUUGAAAUUUUGAGAAGGACAUCUGAAACGGUCUUUGUACCUUUAACAAUCGGAGGUGGUAUCAAGGACACUGUCGAUACAGACGGGACUAGGGUCUCGGCUCUUGAGGUGGCAACCAUGUAUUUUAAGUCCGGUGCUGAUAAGGUCAGCAUCGGCUCCGACGCAGUUAUUGCAGCUGAGCAGUAUUACGAAGAAGGAGAAAAGCUGAGCGGUCAAACGGCCAUAGAAGCGAUAUCAAAAGCCUAUGGAAAGCAAGCUGUUGUCGUGAGCGUUGAUCCUAAACGCGUAUACGUGAGCAGCCCAGACGCCACCAAGCACCAUACAAUCAGGACCAUGUAUCCAGAUGCUACAGGCCAUAACUAUUGCUGGUACCAGUGCACCAUCAAAGGCGGUAGGGAAAGCCGUGACUUAGAUGUUCGACAGUUGGUGAAAGCUGUUGAGGCAAUGGGCGCUGGAGAGAUUCUCCUCAAUUGCAUUGACAAAGAUGGAAGCAACAGCGGAUUUGACUUGGAGCUUAUUAAUGAUGUUAAAGAUGCCAUUAAAAUACCUGUCAUCGCCUCGAGUGGUGCCGGAAUUCCUGCUCAUUUCGCUCAGGUUUUCCAGCAGACGUCUACUGAUGCGGCUCUGGGAGCUGGAAUGUUCCAUCGUGGCGAGUAUACAGUGACUGAAGUCAAAGACUAUCUCAAAGAAGAGGGGUUUUCUGUUCGCGUAUUUGAACCUGACGUCUGAGCAUCACUAGGCAUUAUGGCAUGUAUAUUACUAGUCUAUUUUUUGCGCAAGAUAUCAAUAUAUCUAUUAGGGUAAAUCCUUGAAUUCGAUAUUCAAUAUUUGAUAGGAUGAUCAUAGGUUGGAAGAGGGUAGCAAUAAUAACACUUGAAGAUCUCCAUGCGGAGUACGCUGUAAUUAACUAACUUAACUAGUUACUUCGUGAAU